UCCUUCUCACCUUCACCGUCACCUCGUUAUCUCUCAGCGCCUAGUAUGCGCCCUUUGUAUUAUGACCAUCACCAAUCCGACCCAAUUAAUAGACGAAUUCAAAAAAUCGGGCGAAUUUGACCGUCUGAGACGUGAUCUCCUAUCACAUUUCCAGCGCAGUGAACGCACUGAGGCCUUUAAGUCUCGUGUCGAUGAUAUAGCCCGACAACGGCUAUCUUCUGACCCAAAAUUGAUAUCCAUGCCCAAUGAUGCUAUCCAGCGUGAGCUGUUAGGGGAAAUCGACCGCUAUCCUAUUGUCGAGCGAGCGGUAGUUGAUGCUCCUUUAUUAUCUGAUCCAUCAUUCAUCGCCGGCAUACGUGCUUCACUGGAACGUACCAUGUCGGCAGGCAGAAGCGAAAAGAACAAUAUUACUCCAAGUGAGCAUUUACAUGUGUGCUUUGAUGCUUUCUUUCAGUUCUUGACCGGGAUGCUAGGCCAAUCGACGCCAAACCUGCAACCAUGUGAUUCGGGCAAUCCCAAUUUCAAUGCAGCUAUUCCUCAGCUAAAUGACGCUCUGACACCUUCGGCGGUCCAGAAAGAGUGA